AUGAUUCCUAUGUGGUCGCAAUGGAUAUUUAUUUCAAUCAACGCGGUUUCACUUCCACUCUACGUAACCAUCAUCGUUAUUUGUGUAAAGGAAUGGAAACAUAACCAUACACGAAGAACAUUUUACUUGCUUAUCGUUUCGCAGGGCAUCGUGGAUAUUGUGGUGAUGCUUAACUAUUUCCUGUUCUGGACUCUACGCGUAGCACAGUUGUUCGACAACUUCUACUGGGAUUAUCAAGAUUACUAUGUUGCUACAUGGGCUUUCAAUCAGACCUAUAUAUCAGUUUUUAUACGAUGUUUCGGAGUUCUGCUGAUCACUUUUCAGCGGUACAUUUCGUUGUGCAGAAACGGUUCUCGCCUAGAACAGUUUAUUAACGUUUCUCACCGAUGGGCAAUGCCGAUCGUACAAUGGGCAGUGCCUUCAGUCUAUUCCAUUCCGCUUCUUCUUCUGACCCAUGCCACCUUUCACUCUUUGCAAAACCUCGAAGUGAUUGUAGAAAGACAGUCAAUCACCUUAGCCACUUCUAUGGCCGCUGUUUUCGUCUCAAUCACGUUCGUUCUGUGCAGUUUAUGCUACGGAGCUAUACUGAGGUUUCUUGUGAAAAACCGAUACAGUGGCAGCACGGCUGUAAAACAAGAGCGCCGCCUAUACAUUCAAAUGCUGGGACUCUUUUUUGGAUUUGUGCUUCUCCUGAUUUACAAUAUUAUCCACUUAAAAUUCUCGCUGAGUUCCAAUGAUGGUCCCAUAUUCACGAUGAGAAUCGUGUUCCCUAUGGUCAGCUGCUUCUUCUCGUAUAUCAACGCUUGGAUGAUGCUGUUUUUGAAUGACGAUAUACGAGGAAAAAUUCUAGUAUUACUCGGGCUUCGAGCACAGAAGCUCCAAAGUUCUUUGAAGAUGUCAACCUCACUGAAGAUGUUUUUCUACGAAAAAUGUGAGCCGCUUUUGAAAUUCUAUAUUUGCGUCGCACACUACGUUUGCCAGUCAGCGUGGUAUUCACCACACAACAUACACAGUGAGAAGAUUAUCAACGCCAAGCUUACUGAUCCAGUCGUAGAAGAAAUGAUGAAGUGGAAGCUCUGA